CCUCAACUUUCCCCUCCUCCAAGUCCCUCGCCGAAACCCCUUUGUUUGAUAUUUAGAAUGGAGGUGUCUGGUUCAAAUGAAUUGCAAUAUCACGAGGAGCACGCAUUGAACACUUUGCUUGAUGCGUUUGGAUCUGUAUUUUCUCUUAAAGAUAUUGCUUCUGCCUACUGUGAGGCGAACCGGAAUGUGGAUGUAGCUGGUGAAAUUCUGUUUAAAAUGCAGGAGAACCCCACUUUUGUUGAUGCUAGUGCAUCUAAUGGCAAGUCAAAAUGUGGUGAAACUUUGGGAUCAUUCCACGGAAACAAUCCCCAGAAUUCUUUUCAAGCAAUUGGGGAUUUAAGAACUCAAAAACAAAAAUGGAGACCAGUUUCAGGAGGGACUGUUUCAAGCAUGCUAGGAAAGGGGUAUAUGAAGCCUACCCCUUCGGUUAAUAGUUCCAAUCCACGAACUAAACCCUUGAAGGUGGACUCAAAGGAGUGGCCAAUGUCUGUACUUUGGGGAGAAGAAUGCAAAUCGAGUUCUUUGAAGGAGGACCGUUUGCAUAAGGAUAUGGAAGAUUUUCUUUUCAAAAUGCUUGGACUGGGAUUUCAACUGGAGAGGAAUGUGAUUAGCGAAGUUCUCGCUAACUGUGGAUAUGACAUGCAAAAGAGCAUGGAGAAGCUCCUUGACCGGUCAGCUGCAGGUUUGGACGAAAGAAACAAGUUUCUUGGUGAGUCCAAUAAAAAGACUAAUGAUAUGCAUCCAAGAGCGGAGGAGGUUUCACGUGAAAAGAACAAAGUCUUGAAUGCAAAUGGAGGAGCAAGGCAACCGAAGGAUAGAAACGAGAUCCAAAAGGAAGUCUUGACUGCUUUGUUUAAUAAUGGUCCCACGAGACUUGAUGAAUCACCGCCGAGAAGAAUGAGGCCAGCAAAAAGGUCUAUCGCAUUUGGAGAACUUGUGGAAGGACCUCUGCUUGAUUCUGUUGUUAAGGAGAAGGUGGAUUCAGUUGGCUCAGAUAAAAAAGAUGAUGAAGAUGAAGAGGAAGAUAGUUUCCUGGCUCUUCGAAGGGCUGUGGAGGAACAUAGGAGCACAAUGAAGGAAUAUUAUAAAGCUGCUAUUGAAGCUUUUGCUAAAGGGGAUCAAGGUCUAGCAAACAGACUUUUGGAGAAGGGACAAUUUUAUCGUGAAAAGGCUCGCCAAGCAGAUGAAGAAUCCAAUCAAAAGAUUUUUGACACUCGGAGCAUGACGGAUACAGAAGAUGAAGAUGAAAUAUCGCUCGACUUGCAUGAUCAUGGCGCCAAGGAAGCAAUACGUCUUUUGAAGUGUCAUCUAUCUUCGCUUGCAGGCAUACCAUCAUUCAAGUACUUAAAAGUCAUCCUCGACAAAAAUGAAGACGACUCAUCGAAAGGCAGCCGUCGACGACUGGUUAUGAGGCUAUUGGAGAAGGAAUCAAUCACUUGUAGUGAAGGAGAGACAUUUGGUAUAAUCAGGAUCCGAUUGGAUAAUAUAAACCCCAAAAAUUUGAGUUUUACCAAGAAAAAUCCAUCCCUUUGAUCUUUAAAGGCUAAUUGUUUGAAAAUCACGGCCUAAGGACUGAAAGUUUAAUGUGUUGAUUGAGUGAUUCUAUUUUGGUAACAUUGAUUUCUAAAU